AUGGGAGGAGAUCUCAACUUGAAGAAGAGCUGGCAUCCGCUCUUAAUGAGCAACCAGCGGCGAGUAUGGGAGGAAGAACAGAAGGCGCUGGAAGAGCGCAAGCGUAUCGACCAGAUGAUGAAGGAACGUGCAGAAGAACGCGCAAUCCAGGAAUUACAGGAAAUGCAAGAAGCCGCAGGCGGCAAGAAGAGGCUAAACCGCGUAGACUGGAUGUACUCAGGCCCUUCCAGCGGGCAGAAUGGCACCACAGAAGAAAUGGAGGGCUAUCUACUCGGCAAGCGCCGGGUCGACAACCUGAUAAAGAACGAUGAAACCAAAAAGCUGGAGAAGAAUGCUGGUCAGGAGACUUUCAUGGACACUCAACCAAGCGUGAGCAACCCACGCGACAACGUUGCCAAGGCGUCGAUGGAUCCCAUGGCGGCGGUCAGGCAGCAAGAGCAGGCAGCGCUGGAGACUAUGAUGAACGACCCCGUGCGUCGUCGCGCUCUUCUAAGGGAGACAGGGGGGGCAUCGGAGGGAGAUCGAAAGCAUCGGAAACACCGCCACAGGGACGAGGAGAGCAGGCAUCGCAGCAAGCGUCACAGGAGAGAUGACGAUGACGAGAGACGAUACAGCCACCGCUCACGCCAGCAUCGCGACUCUCGUUCGCGGUCACGAUCGCGAUCUCCUCACAGACGGAGCCGUUAUGACGAGGGACGUGAGCGUCGACGCGAUGAAGAGCAUGAUCGCAAGCGGGACUCCUACAAGCGCCGUGACUCUGAGCGUUCGCGAUCUCGUUCUCCUUACACGCACCGUAGGCGUGAUGAGCGUCGUGAUCGCGAAUACUCCAGCAAAGACAGCCAUCGUGCCAAGGCAGCCUCGUCUCGUUCACCAUCUCCUAAUCGCCGCAGAGGUCCACCUCCAAGGACCUUCCAGCAACGAUCCUAUUCACCCAAGCCAACGAAAGACGAUUCCGAAGAGCGUGCUAGGAAGCUCGCGGCCAUGCAAUCGAGUGCGUCGAGUCUCGAAGAGGACAGGAAGAAGCGACUGGCUGCGAUCGAAGCUAGAGAGGAGGAGGAACGUCUGGCAGACGACAAGAAGCGCUCGGAAAAGGGACGGUUCGUUGCUGGUCUGCAUCGUCAAGCGCAGGAUAACAUUGGCUUGGGCGAGCGCCUGAAGAGGUCUAGAGGAGGCCUCGAGAAGCUUGAGGCUUACUGA